CCCAGCCCGGCGCAGCCCGCUCGUCUUCUCCCUUACGCCGCCCUCCCUCCCCUCUUCCCGGUCUUCGUCGCCUGCUUUUCUGCCCGCCUCCAAGACCUGUUUCCCCCCACUUUUUUUUUUUUCCCGAGGGCGGGUUCUGCUUUCCCUUUCUCUGCCACACCACUUUCGGUCGGUGCUCGCCAUGACCUUGUUGACUGCCGGUAGCAGGGCGGCCGCGCGCCUCUUGGGAGCCAAGAAUUCAUCAUGUAUUGUUUUUGCUGCCAGACAUGCAAGUGCUUCUAGUAAUCUGAAAGAUGUUCUUGCAAAUAUGAUACCCAAAGAACAAGCAAGACUUAAAAGCUUCAGACAACAAUAUGGCAAUACUGUCAUUGGACAAAUCACUGUAGAUAUGGUCUACGGUGGCAUGAGAGGUAUGAAAGGACUAAUAUACGAGACCUCUGUCUUGGAUCCUGAUGAGGGCAUUCGUUUCCGUGGCUACAGCAUUCCUGAGUGUCAGAAGCUGCUACCCAAAGCCCCUGGCGGUGCAGAGCCUCUUCCUGAAGGGCUGUUUUGGUUACUGGUGACAGGAGAAAUUCCUACCCAAGAACAGGUGACUUGGGUGUCUCGAGAGUGGGCUAAGAGAGCAGCCCUGCCUUCCCAUGUAGUGACUAUGCUUGACAACUUCCCCACCAACCUUCAUCCCAUGUCACAACUCAGUGCUGCUGUCACAGCUCUCAACAGCGAGAGCACUUUUGCCCGCGCCUACUCUGAGGGAAUUAGCCGGACCAAGUACUGGGAGUUCAUCUAUGAAGACUCAAUGGACUUGAUUGCCAAGUUGCCUUGUAUUGCUGCAAAGAUCUAUCGCAAUCUCUACCGUGAGGGUAGCAGCAUUGGCGCCAUUGAUCCCGCCUUAGACUGGUCAUACAACUUCACCAACAUGCUGGGCUACACUGACCCCCAAUUUAUUGAACUUAUGCGGCUCUACCUCACGAUUCACAGUGACCAUGAGGGUGGCAAUGUCAGUGCUCACACUAGUCAUCUCGUGGGCAGUGCUCUCUCGGACCCUUACCUAGCUUUUGCUGCAGCUAUGAAUGGCCUGGCUGGGCCUCUCCACGGUCUCGCAAAUCAGGAAGUGCUGGUGUGGUUGACAAACCUACAGAAGGAACUGGGUGAGGAUGUAUCUGAUGAAAAACUGAGGGAGUUCAUUUGGAACACUUUGAACUCUGGCAGGGUGGUUCCUGGCUACGGACAUGCUGUACUGCGGAAGACCGAUCCCCGCUACACCUGCCAGAGAGAAUUUGCUCUCAAGCAUCUUCCCAAAGAUCCUCUCUUCAAGCUAGUAGCUCAGUUAUACAAGAUUGUCCCUAAUGUGCUUCUGGAGCAGGGAAAGGCCAAGAAUCCUUGGCCCAACGUGGAUGCACAUAGUGGAGUCCUGCUACAGUACUAUGGCAUGAAGGAGAUGAACUACUACACUGUGCUGUUUGGUGUGUCUCGGGCCCUCGGUGUUCUGUCACAACUCAUCUGGAGUCGGGCCCUGGGCUUCCCACUGGAGAGACCAAAAUCCAUGAGCACAGAUGGGCUGAUGGUGCUUGUGGGUGCAAAGUCUGGUUAAAAGCAAGGGAAGUGGCAGGGGUUUUAGAACUAUUGAGGGAAUGAUAGAGACAAUGCAAAUUUUUUUGUUUGUUCAAAGGGCCUUGAAAAGAUCCUUCCUUUGAGGCACAUGGCCAUCACUUUUUUCCAGGUUAUUUAUGAAAGAAAUGCAGAUAAAGCUAGAUUUUUAUUACCCCUUCCCUCCACACAUUACCUUAAUUGUCACCAAAAGUUAGAUUCAGAAGGGCAAGGCCUCCCUCCCAUGUCCCCUUUCUCCAUAGGCAGCUCUUCCCAACCUGAGCUGAUGCCCAAAGCUAAAGAAAGUGCUCCUGUCCAGUUCAAAUUCAUUUUUGUUGCCCCAGGUUGUACCACCAGGAGUAGAGGACACACUGCCCCUUUCUAAAAUCAUGUCAUUACCACACGCUGUGUUGAACCAUCUUUCAUCUCUGUAUGGAUGGGGUGUUCUGCAUUUGAACAAUGUGCUCCUUUUUAAGCCACCUUGGGAGUGUUGCUUUUUUAUCAGUGGGUGAGAAGGAGGGAUGGUCCUCUCCUUCAAGAUGUCCAGCCUUCUUCCCACUUUGUGCUAUUUUUAUUCUGUUAUAGUGUGAAGCAAUGGAUUUAUGUUCUUAAAAAGAUAGCAAUGAUGGUGGCACAGCUGAAGCUUGAGCCACCAUAAUAGCGUGUUGAACAAAUAUUGCUUACCUCUUUGUCUAACAAAGAGGGACAGUUUGCUUUUUUUCUCCUCAAACUACCACAAAGUCUGGAUUCCCUUUGGGCCCACCCUCUUCUCCCAAAUGAAUGUUUCCUCCUCAAAAAUCCUGAUUUUGUGUGGGAUGGUGCUUUGUUUCCCAAAUCAGAGCUAUAGUGAUAGCUAUAGCCAGGAACAAAGCAGCACCUUACGUUGCAAACCUUUCUCGUAUUUUCUUUUCCCCUCACCAUUAACUUCUGUGUCAGAGCGGUGAAAUUGAAAAAAUGGCGUGGAGGUUGCCUAAAAUACUGGUAAUGCGUCUAUAAUCGCAGUUGUGAACAUGCUACAAAGUGGCAUUAAACCAGUUGCCACCAUUUUGAGACAAAAUCUGCCUCCAGGCCUCCUUUCCUCUCUUGAAAGGACUUCAUACACUCCUACCAAUGUUUGUUUUUCUGUGUUUGUGGGAAAUCCUUUGUCCUAUAACCUCAAGAGAUUUAAAAAAAACCUCCACUUAAGCUGAAGAUGCAGGGUAAGUGCCUGUGUAAGCAUCAGCUUCCGUUGCAAACUUUGGAUGGUUCUGUAUAAACUGAAAAAUAAAUGUUUUUAUUAACAA